GUCACCUUUUUUAGAACUGAGCCAGCUGGCUGGCUAUGAACUGUACAAGGGUGAAGAUGUUCCAGCUGGUGGUAUAAUAACAGGAAUUGGAAGAGUUUCAGGUGUAGAAUGUAUGAUAGUAACCAACGAUCCAACUGUGAAAGGCGGGUCAUAUUAUCCAAUCACAGUGAAGAAACACAUCAGAGGACAGGAAAUUGCUCAACAAAAUCAUCUGCCAUGUAUUUAUCUUGGUAUGUAG